AUGGAGCUUGAACGCAAGAGACGCACAAAACCGCGCUGUGGGCUGAGAUACACCAUCCUUAAGGAGUUUUUGGCGGAAUUCCUCGGGACGUUCGUUUUAGUGCUGUUCGGGUGUGGGUCAGUUGCCCAGACGGUUCUGAGUCGCGGGGCUCUCGGGGAGACGCUGACCAUUCACAUCGGCUUCACCAUGGGGUUAAUGAUGGCGGUCUACAUAGCAGGGGGAGUGUCAGGGGCCCAUGUGAACCCGGCUGUGUCCCUGGCCAUGGUCAUUCUGGGGAAGCUGAAGGUGGUGAAGUUCCCUGUUUACGUCAUCGCACAGUUCGCUGGCGCCUUCGCUGGUGCCUCUGCAGUCUUUGGGCUCUAUUAUGAUGCCUUCAUGGAUUACACCAGCGGGAUACUGUCAGUGACUGGCAUCAACGCUACAGCUCACAUCUUUGCCUCCUACCCAGCCAGACACCUCUCAGUCCUCAAUGGGUUCAUAGACCAGGUGAUCGGGACAGGUGCUCUGGUCCUGUGCAUUCUGGCCAUCAUCGAUGGUAAGAACAUCGGGGCGCCCAGAGGGAUGGAGCCGCUUGCCAUCGGGCUGAUCAUCAUGGCGAUCGGGGUGUCCAUGGGUCUGAACUGCGGGUACCCUCUCAACCCAGCCCGGGACCUGGGCCCAAGGCUCUUCACUGCAGUGGCCGGAUGGGGCAUGGAUGUGUUCAGCACGGCAGACUACUGGUGGUGGAUACCGGUGGCCGGGCCCAUGGUGGGGGGCAUCGUGGGGGCGGUGGUGUACUUCCUCCUCAUCGAGCUGCACCACGACGAAACCGAGAAGGAGCAGGAGGAGGAAGAGGAGGAGGAGGACGAGGACGACCUCAAGGACAAGUACGAGAUGAUCACCAUGAGCUAA